AUGUGGUGGUUCAUAUUAUGUGCCGCCUUUGUGUGCUUGCACAGGGAAGCUGCUGGCUCACUCGCCGACCAAAUGGCAGAAACGACGCAGCUGUGCUGCAACCAGGGUACUGCGUAUGGUAGAAAUCACACCUCCGAAGACUGUUCUUCGUCAGUGCCACCUGACGUCCCGUCAGUUUUCAGUUCAUUGUGUAUUUUCGCGAUGGAUCAGUGCUGCAAGGAAUAUUUUCAAAAAAAACGUGACUGUGAAAGCGGAAUUGACUUGGCAACAAGCGCAAAAACUUGCAGUAGGACUAAGGAUUCAACGAAGAAAUGUUGCGACGAGUGCACGAAGGGUGCUGCUGCAGGUGUUGCAAGAGGUGCCAGUGUCUGUGUAGCGAAUGUUCGAGGCAACAGCGCAGAGCAGCUGUUGGCAGGAGACGCUUUCAACCAAUGCUGUAAGCAAUCGGCAAAGCAAGCAGGAGACACUGAAUCAGCGGCGCAUCGACCAGGCAACGGUAUUGUCACGAGAAAACCUUUAGAGGAUGAACUCACAUCAGUCUGCGAUGACUUCGCUCCGAACGAGCUUUGCGCCCAUCACUGUAUACCCAUACCGGGAUCAUACAAAUGCGAGUGUAAUCCCGGAUUUAUGCUAAUGUCCGACGGAAGGAAUUGUAUGGAGGUUACAAAGAAUAGAUGCAAACCGCAUAACCCUUGCCAGCAUAAAUGCAACGACAACGGCAUUGCAGUUAAAUGUUCCUGUCGAAGAGGCUAUCAGCUUAUGACUGAUGGCAAAUCUUGUGAAGAUAUCGACGAAUGCAUACUGGAUCCGCCUGUAUGUCUUCCAAACACUCAAUGCGUCAAUAUACAUGGAUCCUAUAAAUGUAUACCUAUGAAGAAGAUUAGCAGCGUCGAGAAGGGUCAGUGCCCUCCGGGAUUUGCGAAGAACUUACAAAAUAAUGCUUGUGAUGAUAUAAAUGAAUGCAAACUACCUCAACCACCUUGCCCCUCGUAUUUAUGCGAGAACACAAUCGGUGCUUACAAGUGCGGAGGUAUAACGGGCGAUCCAGCGAACUUGCCGAAGCAGGUGCGUCCUCCAACUGAGGAUCGUUGCCCCCCAGGAUUUACUAGUGGCGAAAAUGAGGAGUGCGAAGACGUGGAUGAAUGCGCCACACACAAAGACGACUGUAAUGCUCUCUCUCAAUUCUGCAUCAAUACAAGAGGUUCCUUUUACUGUCAAGAUAAGGUUUCCAAGCACUGCCCUCCAGGUUUUAAAAUUAACCCAGACACCAAUAAGUGUGAAGAUAUCAACGAGUGCGAGGAGGAAGAGAGAAUUUGCAAAUCGAAUCAAGUAUGUGUCAAUUUACCCGGAGAGUACAGUUGCAGACAAAUAAGGGAGUCACUGAGUAACAAGCCAAAUAGAAAAUGUUCAGAUGGACUGCGAUUAAACAGCGAAAGCCUUAGUUGUGAAGACAUAGACGAGUGUGUGGAAGGCACGCACAUCUGUGACCAGUAUCAGAACUGCUUUAACACAUACGGCAGUCACGAGUGUCAAUGCAAAGUGGGAUUUGAACUUGAUUCUACUACCGGAGCUUGCGUUGAUAUAAAUGAGUGCGCAACCGAUCAAAAUGAUUGUAUAGCCGAGUCCCAGCGUUGUGACAACACAGUGGGCUCGUAUCUAUGCAUCAGAUUUAUAUCUUGUGGCACGGGGUAUAUUCUUCAUCAUUCCUCCAGCAAAUGUGAAGAUAUUGAUGAAUGCGCAUUGGGAACACAUAACUGUGCACGCGCUGGGCCGGAUUACCAGUGCCAUAAUAUACCAGGCUCCUUCCGCUGCGUAAGGCGCAAGACCACUACGACGACGGCUGUACCGGAAUAUGAAUACGAAUAUUAUGAUUCAGAGGAGGAGGUAGCCGAAGGCAUUGUGACCAGUUCACAAUCGGUUCCUCAUCCUGAAACUACACCAGAACAGGUUGCAACUACAACUACGACAAUUAAACCUACAACAACUAGUGAAACCCCCAAACCUACAACUAGUCAAAAACCAUUAAUAAUACCUACUACAGUACAGCAAAAAGAAGGAACAGAAAAAAAUAAUGAAUUAUCAACAGAGCUGAUACCCGACGAUAGUCUUUACAAUAAUAGUAUUUAUGCAAUUUACCAAAAUAAACCAGAACCAGCAUUUCCAGAACCUACACUGCCACCAGAUAUAAAUAAAGAAACAACAUUAUCAGAAAAUCACAAGGAUUUCUUAAAUCCAACAAUUUUAGAACCCAGCAUCAGUAUUGAUAUAUCAACAGAGCGGACAAAGUCAAGAGAAACUAAUGUUCUAAUGACUACAGAAUCUUCAAAACCUACUGAAUCAGAUCUAUACGAGAUAUCGUAUAUUCCUGAUGAUGAAAGACCAGCAAUCCCAAAUAUUAUCCAUAGCAAUACACAGCCCGGGCCAGCAUAUGACGUUUACCCUUACAAUCAGAAGCCAGUUGAAUCAACUAGUCCACCACCUGAGCCUUACAAUCCAAGAGAAACGGAAACCACGUACAAACCAGUUACGGAAGCUGAACGAGCUCCUUCAGUAUCACCUCAUGUCGUUUAUGUUGACGUAGGGAAAGAAACAGCAACGAUUAGAGGUGAGAAAGCUUCAGAUGGUUCCGUCAUCGUAGACACUAAAGAUCUGCCGACAAAUGAGUGGACUAAAAUUAACGGUAAACCAGCUGAUUGUCAAAUAGGGUUUGAAAGCGAUGAAUACGGCGCAUGUUUUGAUAUCGACGAAUGCGCGACGAACCGCCACAUCUGCUCGGGCCUUACUGAAGUUUGCCGUAAUACGAUGGGCGGAUAUCUGUGUGAUUGCGCGGCUGGAUUUCGAAGAGACCUUGUUUCUGGGGCUUGUGCAUUAAUAACAACAUCAUCAUCUUCAACGACCACCACUACUACAACUACACCACCUCCUCCUCCACCACCACCUUCACCAUCAACCGAACGAAGUUUCUUUUGGGGCUACCCAGACUACCGAAAAUUCACCACAAGACCAUUUAGGCCGAGGAAUAUUUGUGAAAUGGGCUUCCAUUAUAACUCAAAAACAUCGCGUUGUGAAGAUAUAAACGAAUGUACAAAUGGACAAGCGAAUUGCGCAGCUGUGGAGAUCUGCGUAAAUACAGACGGUGGAUACCGCUGUGAGUGUCCGCCUAAUUGGAAACUGGAUGAAGUCAGACAUCGGUGUGUUCCUCUUAGAAACAACGGGCAGUUCCCACCUGGAUACGGAAAUGAACCUUCGUACCCUCCAGUUGAUCCCAAUGAAAUAGUCAAUCAUGGUACUAACGGUAAUAAAAACGUGGAUCCGAAGAUCACUCAGCUGGGCGAGAGGGGCUCCGUGAUAAAGUGUCCAUGGGGCUAUAGACUUGGAGAUGACAAUUCUUGUCAAGACAUCGACGAAUGUCUUACUGGUGAGGCGAAAUGUGGUUACAUGCAGUUGUGUACAAACUUACCUGGAGGUUACACGUGUAGCUGUCCCCGCGGGCACAGGCUUGUUGGUGAUCACGAAUGUGAAGAUGUUGAUGAGUGCGCAAUCACCGGUGGCAUUCCAGUUUGUUCACAAAAUGCUGAUUGCAUCAAUACACCGGGCUCUUAUCAGUGCCGUUGUCACACCGGCUUUAGAUCAGCUCCAGUGAAUGAUAAGGUUUGUGUGGAUGUAGACGAGUGCACAGAGAACCGUGCUGGUACCCUAUGCGAGCAGCGAUGUAAUAACGUGUGGGGCGGCUAUCGCUGUUCCUGUCACAGAGGCUAUCGUCUCAACCCUGAUAAUAGUACAUGUUCCGACGUGGAUGAGUGUACAGAAUUCAAAUCGAAGAACCUUUGCAUCGGGAGGUGCCGGAAUGAACCUGGAAGCUAUCGCUGUACCUGUCCGUCAGGUUACAGGCUCUCAGAAGAUAAAAGGAGUUGCAUAGAUAUCGACGAAUGCGAGACGGGAGAGGCGCCGUGCGCUAACAGCGGCGCAUUCGGCGGCACGAGCGACGUGUGCGUGAACACGCGCGGCGGGUACCGCUGCCACCGCGUCACCUGCCCGCCGGGCUACCGGCUGGAGAACAAGCAUCGCUGUACCAAGAUCGAAAGUGUCUGCCAACCGUCGGACUGGGAGUGCGCACACCAGCCCUCCACGUACUCCUAUAACUUUAUCACGUUCGUUUCCAAGUUGUACAUUCCAGCAUCCAAGGUUGACCUGUUCACAAUGCGUGGUCCAGCCUGGCCUUACGCUAAGAUGAGGUUUGAGUUGAGACUGAUCGAGGUCAACGCUCCGCCCACUGUGAAAGAGAAAGCUGAUAUCAACGCGUUUCUGCUGGUGCAAAACGCGAACCAAGGAAUCGUGUCUCUAGUGAGGUCACUUGAAGGUCCACAAAGCAUAGAACUUGAACUAUCCAUGGAGCUAUACAGCAGAGAUCAAUUCGGCGGGAUUGCCGUUGCAAAAUUGUACUUAUACGUAUCGGAAUACGAGUUUUAA